UCAUGUCUUUGCAGCCUGUGCAAAACAGCCUGGACUGUAUGCUAAAAAUAUAUCCUACUACGCCAACAUUCAAAAAUUCGUAUAACAGUCCGCGUUAAAGAAUGGAUCAUACGGCUGACCACCUCCUCCCUUCUGAUUGAACACCUGAAAUGGCGUUAAAUGGUAAAAUUGCCGUAGUGACCGGAGCAGCCCAGGGGAUAGGAAAAGCAAUAACAGAGUUACUCCUGCAAAACGGGGCUGAGGUUGCCCUCUUGGAUACGAAUAAAACUAAAGGGGAGAGUUUGAAGGAAGCCCUGGACCAACUGUAUGGAGAACAGAGUACUCUCUUUCUACACUGCAAUGUUGAAUCAGAAGAGGAAAUCAAAGCUGCCUUUCAAAAAACUCUAGCAAAAUUUGGCAGAAUAGACAUCCUGUGCAACAACGCUGGCAUCUUGAAUGAAGUAGAGUGGGAGAAAACUAUCUCCAUAAACCUCGUGGCUGUUGUCAGGUGUACCUACCUGGCUCUGGAGCACAUGAACAAGAUGACUGGAGGUCAGGGAGGGGUCAUCGUCAACAUGGCAUCCAUGGCAGGUCUGAGUCCUGCAAAAAACUGUCCUGUCUAUACAGCCACUAAACAUGGAGUGGUCGGCUUCACUCGAGCCAUGGCUGCUGCCUCUACUGCCGCAGGCUACGGUGUUCGAUUCAACGCUGUUUGCCCAGGUUCUGUCCAAACUGAACUCUUGACAAGCCUGUCGAACAAAUUGGGACAAUUUUUCCAACUGGCUGAUGAAUUCCAAAAAUAUGCAGAACAAAGCACUGUGUCUGAGGUAGCUGAUUGCCUCCUCGAGCUGGUGACAGAUGAGACCAAGAAUGGAGAGGCCUUACAAAUUAUAUACAAUGGAAAGAAAUACAUGACAUUUCCUGUUUUUACCUAACAGGUAACUAGGAUUAUACAGUCGGACCAACAAAACCAAGCCCACCAACUGAAUCCUGUAAUGUUUCACACUGCACUAACUGAAUCCUGUAAUGUUUCACACUGCACUAACUGAAUCCUGUAAUGUUUCACACUGCACUAACUGAAUCCUGUAAUGUUUCACACUGCACUAACUGAAUCCUGUAAUGUUUCACACUGCACUAAUUUGCUUAAAAAUGUUUCAUCAUGGUAUAAUAAUCGCAAACAUACUUCAGUCAUGUGAAAAAUGUAAAUGUAAAUGUACUGUAUAGUCUACAAAAAUAACAAUCUGAUGUUAUUAAUAAAUGAAUAAAACCUUACAUAACUCUGUCUUUCAGUCAUUCGCAGUCACUGAAAAAUCUUCAAGAAGCAAAGAUUGCUUGCUUAGGCUUUGCCUUCUGACUCUAUUUGAAUAUUUUGCAUACAUAAUAAAGGCAGCAAACUUAAUACUGUGAUUUUAAAAGAGGUUAUGCCUCCUAAUGCCAGUGGUAAUCUGUCCGCUCAUUCCUUUUGCCUUCCUGUUAAUGCAUGUGUGUGUAUCCAUCUAUUACUAAUGUAGUAUUUUUGAAGUCUGGCAAUGCUACUUUUACCACAGUAAAGGCCCUGUCACACUGUCCCGAAAUUGACACCCGAUGGACACACGAAUAUGGAAUUGUGCAUUUCGCACGAAGAUGGCCCCGAACCACAUACAAAGGCAACAUUUACAUUACAUUUAAUGAAGAGUGUAUCGCCGGCCACUAGAGGGCAGCAUCACUGCUGUCUCUGCCCGGAUAUGCCGUGCUUUGACCCGGUACUGCAUAGCGGCCAUGUUAGCCCACAUGUUAUUCAUUCACUCCGCCUCGGGUUGAGACGUUCGUCCACUCACACAUGUAAGACUGUUUCCACUACCGUUUAGUGUGUCUUUAAUAUAUGUAUGUGAAUAUAUGUGUAUUGUUCAUGUUAUACUUUAUCAGCUUAUCCUGCGGCAUUGCUCUAUUUCAGGGUGUCGUCAUCUUUGUCAAUAAAGUACCAAGACUGA